AUGGCUUGUCACACCCCUCUAGUGAAAGAUGGUGAAUUGAGCCCUUCUCACUUUGCGCUCAUAUCUAUCGACAUAGAGGGACGGCUUCACCUGAAGUGCUCUCAGUCGAUUGCCAACACAUUUCAAAGAUGCCUAUCGGUACCGUUUGCAGAUACCUUUUUGAAAGCAGUCGCGAUGUCAGGAGAAGUUGGUUGGUCAACAGGCCAAGGUGGGUUUCACAUUGACUACAUAUAG